AGACUUGAAAAGUGACUAAAGAAUAUGAGAUGAUACUCUUGGAUUCCGAGGAAAUAUCAGUUACCAUGUGGUGAUCAUUUUACUCCUGACUCAACUGAUGUCGGAUGGGGUACUUACUUAAAGCAAACUACAAUUCCAACAGUAUUUUCUUUGCCUGAAGAUUGUCAGAUAAAAGACACUUCUUUUAAAAAAUUAAAUAAAAUAAAUUCCCAGAGGAGGAAACUGGGAGAUGAGAAAGAAAUAUGCUGAAAGCUGAAUCCAUUACAUCAAAUGAAGCAAAAAAAAAAAAAAUUACAGGUAACACAUGUGUACUACCUAAAUAUGUACAGUUACUUACUUGACUCAACUGCCCUAGCAAAGUCACCAGCUUUAACAGCUAGUAUACAAAGUAAUAUAUUAACUCUUAAACAAGAUACUUUGGAAACAUCAGUAAAUCAAAAUUUAGUUGCAGAUGAGUUUUGUGUAUCUUCUGAGAAUCUAAGUUCUGCAACUGUCACUUUGACAACUUCAAAUUCAGAAGACAUCAUUACUAAUUAUCUUGUUAAUUUAAACUUUAUAAGUAAUUCUAUGGAAACAGUGUCAGGUCAGGAAAAUUCAUUCUUCUUCAGCACAGUUGAUAGAAACACAAAUAAGAAAUCUGGUUUUGCCAUUUUUAUACCCACAGAAAAGUCAAAAGAUGCAGUUAAUUCUGCCACACCAACCCCAAAGCAAGCCAUGAAAAUGGGCACCGACUUAGACUCCUUAAAUAAGAAUGUAGACUACAGUGCAGAAGUUUUACAAAUUGAACAUUCACACUACAUGGAAGGCAUAAAUAAGGAACAUCUUUGGAAAGUCUCUAACCUACAUUCAAAAGUCACUCUUUUUCAGCUACAGGAACAAUAAUCUCUAGCAAGAUUGAAAACUUUGAAAGCUUUUAUAAGCCAACUAUGGCAGGAGAAUUGGCUAUCUAAAGAAAAUGUCAACAUAAUCGAGAACCCCUUCACAACAUACAAAGUCACUGUCAUAUAAAUAAGUUU